AUGGCGCACGAUAUGAAAGAUCCUGAAUUUAGUGGCAUCUUAUGUUUGAGGUCGAAUGUUGAUCUCAAGGUGAAGUCCUUUCUUGACUUAAUAUCUAAUUCAAGGCUAGAAAAUCUUAUAUUGGAAGCUAUAACAACGUUGAAGGAGCCUUCUGGGUCUGACAAGACAGACAUUGCCAUGUAUAUAGAGGAUCAAUAUUGGCCUCCUCCAGAUUUCAAACGAUUGUUGUCUGCAAAACUGAAGGCAUUAACAGCAAGUGGGAAAUUGAUUAAGGUGAAGCGCAAGUAUAGGAUAGCACCUAGUUCAUCUUUUUCAUUAGGAAAAAACUCCAAUUUGUUGCUCCCUGAUGGAAAGCGAAGGGAGUCUUCCGGAUUAGAAAAGGAUGAUGUCAAACCCCUUACAAAAUCUCAAGUUGACGCUGAAUUGGCACGGAUGAGAAACUUGACGGCACAGGAGGCUGCAGCAGCUGCUGCUCAAGCAGUUGCAGAGGCAGAAGCGGCAAUGGCGGAAGCUGAAGAAGCAGCAAGGGAGGCAGAGGCUGCAGAAGCUGAUGCAGAAGCAGCACAGGCUUUUGCUGAGGCAGCUAUAUUGAUGCUGAAAAACAGAAAUGCAGCUAAGAUGAUGAUUUGAGUUUGAUGGGAGUCAUCAAGGCUAUUCUGCUGUGUUUCCCCAUUUUCUCCAUACUUGCAAGAUAUUCUGCCUUUCGUUUUGUCAAAUGUGUAUAAUAUAGUCUGUAUAUAAUGUAGGUUUCGUACAAAUAAUAACCUGGCAUACCUGUUUUGGUUCAUGGUCCCUACCUGGAAUUUCCAUGAUCAUCAUGAUCUCCUGGGCACCGUCAUUUCGUUCGUGCUGUUGCAGGGCAGAAAACUGAGCUGCACAAUUGUUUCAGUUGCAUGUGUUCUGCUAUAGAAUAGAGGGGAGAAAGAGGAGCUUAGUACGCUGUUGUAUUCAGAGGUUAAAAUUUUCACUUAAAAAGUUUGUUUUGGUGCUAUGAUUCAGUGCCAAGGUUUUCA